AGAGAAUCUCAGAGCAGGCUGAUACAGUGUGCAGAGCCCCAAUUGUGGAACAACAGUACAGGAGUUUGAGGGUCCUAUGUCAAACUCUGCUGUGAUGGGUCCAGGUGAGGAUGGUGCUCUCGAUGAGGAGGAAAUGAGUGAAGAGGAGGUGUCUCGCGACUGGACUCCCCAAGAAAAGGCACUCCAUGAAGCUAAAGUGAAGGCCAAAGCCAAAUACCGUGUUCGCCGGACCUCAUCACGUGACUCCGAGAGCACAGAAACUAUUGCAGAAACUCCCAUUCCUCAAGGGAAGAGCCAUGACAGAAAAUCUCGCAUGGGCAAGGGAAGAGGUCUUCCUAAGAAAGGUGGUGCUGGAGGUAAGGGAGUGUGGGGGGCUCUCGGUCAGGUGUACACUUACCAAGAGCCAGACGUACAAGACCCCAAUUAUGAUGAAUCUGCCCAGGUAAUAGGCAAAACCGUAUAUCACAAGGUGGUACCUGAACUCGACGAGGUCGGCCUACAGCACAACGUACAACCAAUGGUUCGAGAAUACUUCGAGCACGGAGACACAGAGGAGGUUAUAGCUUUACUAAAAGAGCUGAAUUUGGGAAAGCAGAGCUCUGGGGUACCCCGGGUCGCCGUGUCCUUGGCAUUGGAAGGAAAGGCCAGUCAUCGAGAGCUGACCUCCCGUCUCCUUUCAGAUCUGGUGGGGAAGGUGCUUUCUGAAGAGCAUAUUGCUGAAGCCUUCGAUAGAAUGCUGUCUGAGCUUCCAGAUCUUAUAUUGGACACACCUGAGGCCCCACAGAUGCUCGGACAGUUUAUCGCUCGGGCUGUUGCCGAUCACGCUCUUCCACUUAACUUCCUCGACCGAUACAAGGGACGGGUGGACUGUGAUCAUGCGAGAGCUGCUGUUGACCGUGCUGCAGUGUUACUAAGAAUCAAACGUGAAAUUAUCCGACUGGACAAUGUCUGGGGAGUUGGAGGUGGUCAGCGACCGGUCAAACAUCUAAUUAAAGAGAUGAACCUACUCCUGCAGGAGUUUCUAAUCUCUGGCCAGGUGUGUGAGGCCGAGCGUUGUCUGCGAGAGCUUGAAGUUCCUCAUUUCCAUCAUGAGCUUGUCUAUGAGGCGGUGGUGCUGGUUCUCGAAGGCUCUGCUGAGGGACACGUUCUCAUGGCUGUGAAAUUGUUGAAAGCUCUGUGGGAAAGUGGCCUCAUUACAUUGGACCAAAUGAACCGGGGUUUCCAGAGAGUGUACAAUGAGCUCCCUGAUCUCAGUCUGGAUGUGCCGUUGGCUCAAAGUGUAAUGGAGAAAUUGGUUGAUCUGUGUUAUAAGGAAGGAGUGAUCACACAGCACCUGAGAGACGAGUGUCCUGGCAGAGGCCGCAAACGUUUUGUGAGCGAGGGAGAUGGAGGACUCAUCAAGGAGUGACAAAAUUGGUCAGAUUAUCCAGCGAACUGUCCAAUGAACCGGCGAAGCAGGGUUCAUCUAUACUAAUCGCUGUUGUGAAAUAUAUCUAAAAUAAAAUGUACUGCUUCCAUUCUGCUUGAAUGUUCUGUUUAAAAA